AAAUGCCGAAGCUGUCAUUUUAAUUUUUGGUGUUGCAACCCUGUGAGCUCCUUCCAGAAACAAAAAAGUGUGACGGGCGAUUAUUUUACGAUUUUUGUGUUGAAUAAACAAGAAAAAUGUCGACAAUCGCCGCGCCUUUGUCCGUAGCGGGGACUAGAUCCUCGGGAGCACCAGUGAGGACCCAAAACGUAAUGGCGGCUGCAGCCAUAGCGAACAUAGUGAAGAGCUCUCUAGGACCUGUGGGUCUCGACAAAAUGCUGGUAGAUGACAUCGGAGAUGUUACAGUCACAAACGAUGGUGCUACCAUUCUCAAAAUGCUGGAGGUAGAACACCCAGCUGCAAAAGUACUGGUGGAGCUUGCCCAACUGCAGGAUGAGGAAGUUGGUGAUGGCACCACAUCAGUUGUCAUUAUUGCUGCUGAAUUGCUCAAGAACGCAGAUGAACUAGUCAAGAACAAAAUUCACCCAACAAGCAUAAUCUCUGGCUACCGUCUGGCUUGCAAGGAAGCUGUUAAAUACAUUCAGGACAACCUUACAGUGACAGUGGAAUCUCUCGGCAGAGUCUCCAUCAUCAAUACUGCAAAGACAACCAUGUCAUCUAAACUUAUUGGAGCUGACGCAGACUUCUUCUCCGAGAUGGUGGUAGAUGCUGCACAGGCCAUCAAGACCCUAGACCCCAGAGGCAACCCCAUGUACCCCAUUAAGGCUGUGAACAUCCUCAAGGCGCACGGACGCAGUGCCCGCGAGAGCGUCUUAGUCAAAGGUUAUGCACUCAACUGCACGGUGGCAUCACAAGCGAUGCCCAAAAAGAUCCUCAACGCCAAGAUCGCGUGCCUUGACUUCUCGCUGCAGAAGACCAAGAUGAAGCUUGGUGUUCAGGUAUUAAUAAGUGACCCAGAGAAGCUAGAAGCCAUCCGCGCCCGUGAGCUGGACAUCACAAAGGAGCGUCUACAGAAGAUCCUUGCUACUGGCGUGAAUGUGAUCCUCUGCACUGGUGGUAUCGAUGACCUCUGCCUCAAAUACUUUGUGGAGGCGGGCGCGAUGGGCGUCAGGAGGUGCAAAAAGGCUGACCUGAAGAGGAUCGCGAAGGCCACCGGAGCUACAUUCUUGACUUCAUUAACUAAUAUGGAUGGUGAGGAAGUCUUCGAGCCCAGCAUGAUUGGUGAGGCUGCUGAAGUCGUACAGGAACAGAUCUGUGAUGACCAGCUCAUUUUGAUCAAGGGCCCGUCGGCGCGCACGGCGGCGUCGAUCAUCCUGCGCGGGCCGACGGACGCGUACUGCGACGAGAUGGAGCGGUCGGCGCACGACGCGCUGUGCGCGGUGCGGCGCGUGCUGGAGUCGGGCCGCCUGGCGCCCGGCGGCGGCGCCGUCGAGGCCGCGCUCUCCAUCUACCUCGAGAACUUCGCCACCACGCUGAGCUCACGCGAACAGCUAGCGAUCGCGGCGUUCGCGCAGUCUCUCCUAGUGAUACCAAAGACGUUAGCGGUGAACGCGGCGCGGGACGCCACCGACCUAGUCGCCAAGCUGCGCGCCUACCACAACUCAUCACAAACUAAGGUCGAGCACGCCAACCUCAAAUGGGUAGGUCUGGACUUAACGGAAGGUGUCUUGCGCGACAACCUCGCCGCUGGCGUCCUGGAGCCCGCCAUCUCCAAGAUCAAGUCCCUCAAGUUCGCCACCGAAGCGGCCAUCACGAUCCUGCGCAUUGACGACAUGAUCAAACUGGACCCCGAACCCAAGUCCAAGAGUUACGAAGACGCGUGCCACGCCGGCGAACUUGAUUAAUUGAUAUACAGUAAUGCAAAGGAAACGCGGGGCACUCUGUAACAUAGGGUAAUAUCGCUUUGGGAGACAACCCCAGUAUAGGAAUACUAAACAGUUGCAAAUUGUUCGUCCAUUUUAUAUUGUACAUCGAUGUGUACAAAUUAAAUUGGUUAAUAAAUACAUUAUACAUAUAUACAGAAUACAAAACAUUAUUACCCCAUUCUUUGUACCAUAGUUAAAAAUACUAAAUUGUCUAUCGCCUCGAUGUGGACCAAACUAGUGAAUAUUAGGAACUAACUGCGGUCUUAAACUAUGGUCAAUUUGGUAAUUUUAAUUCGUAACCCAAAGCGUUAAGAGCUAUUAAAAUGAUUUUAACAUAGUUGGUUAUGUGCUAGAUUCAUACUUUAAUACGAAUGCAUGAGGUGCCUGAUUGUUAGGAUUAACGAGUAUAUGACCGUCACAAUCUUUGUUAGCAAAUGUCGCCGGAGCUGAGGUAAUGAACCGUAGUAAAAGAGCGUGCAUUGUAAUCGCGCGAUACCGAUUACAGUAAAAUUGGGGAGGAUUAUUAUAAAAAAAUCAAAUAUUAUUUGCUCUUGCGCAGGUUAUUUUAAUAAACUAAUGUAUCAUAAUAAAAACAAGGGGCUAAACAUCUUACAAGUUUUUAAGAUAACUGGCUAUCAAAUUCUAUCUUUUGGCAUUUAGUUUUUCUGAAUGCACAUCUCUGGAAUUGAUAAAUAUUGACCAUCGAUAUCACCGGAUCGAUUGCAAAUAGACGAAUCAGAAUAAAACUUACCACAUUCAGUUGUUACUUAUUUUGAUUGACCUAUUUCUGGGGUUCCAUUCGAAGAAUUAUUUGAGAUUGUGAAUUAAUUUUAGACUGUACGUCAAUUAUGGAAUAUCAAUAUAAAUAACAGUAAUUUGAACCCAGUUUUACUGUAAAUGCAUUCUAAAUGGCAAUUGUUUUCUGCGCUAUUUAACUCUUAACUUAGAAUGUGGAUAAAAUAUCGCACGGGAACAAACAGUCCGCGCUAGCCUUAUGACAUUGUUGGUCAGUAAACAAGCAUUUACAAUCAAGCGUUACGCUGAAAGCCUAGAUAAAAAAAUUGUUAUUAAUUUACAAAGUAUGACAGAUUGCUACAAUACUGAAAUAAUAAAAAAAUACAGUUGGCUCUUAUUACUUUGCAGAAAAAAUGUGCUUUAAUUUUAAAUAAGUAUUACACUCACAUAAAAUAUCUGCAGGGUAGAUUUUCAAGUUAGAAGUUUCUGUAUUUAUUUUAACCAAAUGGUUUAUUUGCUUUUAACAAUCGCUAGUUUAUUUGCUAGGGCGUGUAAUGCGUCACAAUAAUUAAUAAAAUUUUAAUAAUA